AUGGCCGACUUUGAGACUGUGAUUAACGACACCAUCGCAGCCCACGAAAUCCCGGGUUGUGCCCUGGUGGCUACCAAUCGUGAUGGCUCCUUCAAUUACGCUAAAUCUUUUGGCAAGACCUCGAUGAAAGAAGAAAAUGCCAAGCCCUUCGACUUCAACACCGUCAUGUGGGUAGCAUCCUGCACCAAACUCAUGACAUCUAUCUGCGCUAUGCAACUUGUGGAACGUGGCCUCGUCACUCUCGACGAGCCUAUCUACAAGCACAUUCCCGAGCUCGAAGCAUUGAAAGUCCUCAAAGGCUUCAACGAAACCACUGGCGAACCCAUUGAAGAAAAGCAGACAGCCACCAUGACACUGCGCCAUCUACUUACCCACGCAUCGGGUCUGAGCUACGAUGGCAUGCACCCGACACUACUCGCAUGGCUCGCAUACCACAAAAAACAACCCAACCAGAGCGGCAAACUCCUCGAACGCUUCAGCGCCCCGCUCGUCGCCCAGCCAGGAGAGAGCUGGGCGUACGGCCCGUCCAUCGACUACGCUGGCCUACUCGUCGAGCGCAUCUCCGGCAAGUCGCUGGAAGAAUACAUGAAAACCAAUCUUUGGGAACCGCUUGGUAUCAAGGACAUGACGUUCUACCUGGACUCUCGGCCAGACAUGAAGGCUCGUCUCGCAGACAUGAGCAUCCGCAAUGAGGAGGGGAAAGUCAGGUUUACCGAUGCGCACAUGCCGUAUCUUAAUAAUGAUGGCAAGGAGAAUGAGGAUUGCAUGGGAGGCCAGGGCGUCAAAACUUCUGCGGGCGAGUAUUUGAAGGUGCUUAAAGCAAUCUUGACUACGGACACGGAUGAGAAGAUCCUCAAGAAGCAGACGGUCGAGGAGUUCUUCAAGCCGCAGUUGGGCGAGGGCAGCCGCGGCAUGUUGAACUUUGUGCUGCAGGAUCGCAUGGCGAACAACGCAAUGGGCGGAACACACCAGGGAGCUAAGAGGGACUGGGGUCUGGGCGGUAUUCUCAUCAUGGACAAGCCAGAGGGUAGCGCGUUCGAGCCCGGCACGAUGCUUUGGGGUGGCUAUCCUAAUCUCAUCUGGUGGGCCGAUCGCAAGGCCGGUCUCACCGGCCUAUACGCCAGCCAAGUGCUCCCACCCGGCGACGCCAAAUCCGCGCAACUCACGCGCCAAUUUGAAGAAGGCAUGUACGCCGCUCUCCAGAAAGCCUAAACCACCUCCCCUCGCGUCGCAUGUCUGUAGUUUACAGCGUCCACCUAGCAAACCAAUCCAGAAUCAAACUCGUCGCUUCGGCGUCUUUG